AUGAGCGUCCUGCUCCCCAACAUGGCGGACUUCGACACCAUCUACGAGCUGGAGGAGGAAGAGGAGGAGGAGGAGGAGGAGGCGGAGGACGAAGAGGAGCGGACGGAGGCCUCCCGGACUGUGGUGAGGAGUCAGGAGCUGCCGCGGCCCCGGGACGCGCCCGAACCCGUGGCUGUGAGGGGCGCCGGGCAGAUCACCGUGUUUGGCUUGAGCAACAGAUUUGACACAGAAUUUCCCUCUGUUCUGACAGGGAAGGUGGCCCCUGAAGAAUUCAAGACCAGUAUCAGCCAUGUGAAUUCAUGUUUAAGGAAGAAUCUGCCCAUCACUGUAAAAUGGCUUCUCUGUGGCUGUUUAUGCUGCUGCUGCACGCUGGGAUGCAGCCUCUGGCCGGCCGUCUGUCUUAAUAAAAGAACAAGAAGAUCUAUUCAGAAGUUGUUAGAAUGGGAAAAUAACAGAUUGUAUCACAAGCUUGGCUUGCAUUGGAAGUUGAGUAAACGGAAAUGCGAAAGUAGCAAUAUGAUGGAAUAUGUAAUACUCAUAGAAUUCCUACCAAAAUACCCUAUAUUUCGACCUGACUGA